AUGGCUCGCAGUAGGGUCAAGCUAGACCUUGGCCCUCACGGCAAGGUUCUGGCCUCGGUGCAGGGAUAUGACGAUGCCAAAGCGGUGGCUGCAAGUCGCCUCAACGUUGAUCAAAGCAGCGUGCAGCUCUUUGUGAGCGACGGCCAAGACCUCUGGGAGUUGCACCCGUCUGCGUUUCAGGACGUUCUUGCCGAUGAUGGUAUUAUUGUUGCCAAGGCGGUUUUGCGACCGCCGAUCAAUCUCUCAGCAUCAGCAGCAGAAGUAGCAGAAGUAGCCGCAGCAGAGGCAGCGCUGACCCCCUUGUCGCCCUCACCAGUCAUCCCAAAACCAGACGUAUCCCACACCCACUCUACCGUCUCGCUAGUAUCUUCGCCCGUUCGUCCCAAUACAGCUGCACCAGCUGCACCAGCUGCAGCAACUGCAGCGACACAAUCAACAGCAGAAGCUCGCCCGAAUAUGACUAGCGCUCUUUCGAUGCCAUAUUCUCGUCCAGCUCGCCGACGAUCAGACAGCACGGCGACCACCGACACUACCAGCAGCAACUCGAGCUCGUCUUCCUCCUCCACUUCUUCGGCAGGCAGUUCCUCCUCCUCUUCCUCCUCUUCCUCCUCCUCCUCCUCCUCCUCAUCUUCAGACAGGCGAUCCGAAUCAGUUCAGGAUGUCACGGCAUCUUCGGCAAUUGUGCGUACCUUCACAGGCCCUAAUGGGCUUCCGGUCUCGUCCAAGGAACGCUGGGAUCCCAAAACGCAUCGACUCAUGUUUGAGAAACUCAGCGAGAUCAUCAGCUCAGAAACCAUCUACUACACUCGCAAGUACACUGAGGAGCGAUUCCGAAUCUUCCAGCUGCUCAUCGACCAAUAUGGCGAUUCGGGUACUAAGGGCAACUUUUUGCGUGGCAGGACGGCCGCCGCGUUGAUCUCACGCGUUUCGGGUGUUCUGCGCACUGCGAGGGAACGAGGCGAGAAGAUCAAACAGCCCUUCAAAUUUUUCUUUCCCAACAAGAAAGGCGACGAGGCGGCUUCUGGAUCGGCCAAACCGUCUACGACAACAGUCGCUGCUGUUCCACGAAAUCGACCAGACAAGCCGGAAUUGCUGGCGAGGAGGACAGCCGCCGACCAUGGCGCAGCUGCCGCACCACCACCAAUAACACCGACCUCGUCCGCUUCGACAUCACUUGUCGUAUCUCAUGGACAGCAGCUGGAUGGACUCGCUGGUCAUACUCCUGGAGUAGAAUGGGCACAUGGGCAAGGAAAACGCAAGGGCAAGGGCAAGGGCAGGCAGCCCACGCAGACGACUACGAACGGCCAAGUGCAUCCACCUCGAAUCCAGCAAAGUUCCACCAAUGCUGCUCUCCGCCCUGGCACAACAUUAAAUUCGCCGAAAGGCGCAAAAAGGCCUGCUAACGGUAACGGUACCAGCGCGCCUCCGGCGCAGAAGAAAAAGACGCACGAAAGGCAACCUGAUCCACAUCAUUCUCGACGUACCGGGUCGCAUCCAGCAGCAUCGUCGAUCCGCAGAGGCCGACGCACAUCACCUCGGUGUGAAGUUGAUAACGAUUCGCGGUAUUCACAGCGCACAGAUAGACCACCACGACCAGAAUGGGAUACCUGGAUUCGUAGCCGAGACGGGCCGCUGCGCAGCGAGACGGCUGCGAACGGUCGGGAUGAUGGUGGUAGCAAACGAGCUGAUCUACCUCCGACAGUACCCUUGACGAGACAGCCAGGCUGGAUCGACGGCACGGACGAUGGCGAUCAUGCGCUCUUCAGGGCAGAGACUCGAUCGCCGCUGCACCAACCGCAUCGAAGCACUUCAACGGGCGUCGACUCGACACCUGCGCAAGCGCUGAGCAGUCCAACGCCGCGAAGAAAUGCGGUGGAACGGGCGUUAGAACAACUCGUACAAACCGGAUAUGAUCCAUCUAGCCCACCCGAGAGUUUAAGAAUGGGCCAUCGACGUUCGGCUAGUCCGCAUCGGGAGUGGCAUCGAAACUCGAAAAACGAAUCGAUCGAUACAAAAACACCCGAUCCGCGCCCAACGCCACGAUCCAGCCAGCGUCAGUCGGAAGAAGGCCGCAACAAUGUGAGGAGCUGGCCGAUAGGCUAUGUAGCGCCACCUAGUACUCCCCCACGUGCCGAAUGA